UGUUUCCUAUUUCAUUUUUUCUCAUCAUGACUCAAAUUUUCUCGGCCAUUCUGGAUCGUCAACUUUAAUCUGGCCCAGGACAUGCCAAGGCAUCACAAGAAGAAUAUGCGUCCUAUAAAUUCACUACCCCAUCUGUUUCUCUGUCUUUUCUUCUUAAAUUCUAAUUUACAGAUAUAUACACCUACAUACCCACAUAUAUAUACAUACAUAUAUAUACGCAGGUCAGCUAGCCAAACAUGGCGCUGCUCAGAUCCAUCUCUUAUUAAAGCUUUUGGAAGCUUACCCCUUAAUUAUAAUAAACCUGUUUCGCCUUCUGUCCACUCCAUAUAAUACUCCAAAACGCAGCCCACGCUUCUCCACAGCCAUAAAAAAGAAUUCAUUAAAAAAACUCACCAACCAGACAGAUCGCAUCAUUUUUUUACAGAGCAAGAGAGUAAGAGAGAGAGCAGAGAAGAAGAUGACUCAAGCCUAUUGUUUCAAGGAGAAGAAGCCAUGCGUUAGGUGGGUAGAAAAGUACUUCAAAGAUUGUCUCUGCAAUCUGCGAGACGACUUCUCUUUCGCUUUCGGCCUCACGAGUCUUGUCUGCUGGGGACUCGCCGAAAUCCCUCAGAUUAUCACCAACUUCAAAACCAAGUCCAGCCAUGGCGUUUCCCUCCUAUUCCUCCUCACUUGGGUUGCUGGUGAUAUAUUCAAUCUCGUGGGUUGUCUUCUCGAGCCUGCAACGUUGCCGACUCAGUUCUACACAGCUUUGCUUUAUACGGCGAGUACUGUAGUAUUAGUACUGCAGAGUUUAUACUAUGAUCACGUCUACAGAUGGUGGAAAUGCGGACGAGUCAAAGCUAGUCAACAGGAAAAUGAUGAAACUAAGCCAUUGAAGGCUGAGUCAACUAAAUCAGGCAUUCCCAUACCAAAACCACCACAGAGAGGAUCUCAACGUAGGGAAUAUUACUACACAUCAGCUAGAUCUAUGGCUGGUAGUGGAACGCCGCCGUUUCGGACAUACUUGAGGACAGCAAGAAGUGGUCCAUCGGCAACGGGAGUACUUGACUCUGAUUCAUCGUCGGACGAGGAGACGGCCCAUUCCGCCAAGAAAACUAGCCGGCCUAGGCCCAUCCCAAGAACCACUGGUGCAUAUGGGACAUUUCUAGCUGCGUCGGUUACUCUACCCCUACAUAGCGACGCCUUGAAGGAAGCUUACACAGGGUUUGCUGCUAGAAGACUCUUGCAUGAACCAGCUAUGGAGCACAGUGCAUUUGGGCAAUGGCUAGGAUGGCUAAUGGCUGCAAUAUACAUGGGCGGUCGACUCCCUCAAAUAUGGUUAAAUAUCAAGAGAGGGAGUGUUGAGGGUUUAAAUCCUCUUAUGUUCGUGUUUGCGCUCGUAGCAAAUGUCACUUACGUGGGAAGCAUUCUGGAGCGAAAUACAGAAUGGGAAAACAUCAGAGCUAAUUUCCCAUGGUUACUGGAUGCUAUAGUUUGCGUAUUGCUUGACCUCUUCAUCAUAUUGCAGUACGUGUAUUACAGGAAUUUCAGGAAGAAGACUGCAGGUGGUAGCCAUGAACGAGACUAUGUAGAAGCAAGUAAGGAAAUGUUACGUUAAUUUUAUUAAAUUAAAUUCUACUUUUUGCCCGUGACGAAUUUCUUCUUACCAAGAUUAUUUCGAUAAUUUUUAUAGACGAAUUUUUGUUGCCAAA